AUUAAAAUUACAAUCUUUCCCCUUUUCAAGAACCAUAGCUACACAAAAAAGGCUCUUCAAUAUCUCUUCAUAUCAGGUAAAAUUUCUAAUUUUUUCUUCAAUUUUCAUUUCAUAAAACCUUAAUAAUGGAACCCCAAAUCUUUAAUUUCCCAAUUUACAUCCAAUCACCAGACCUUCAAAUCCCAACACAUGUCCUAAAUCUUGAAAACCCUAACCCUAAUUUCACUUUACAAGACCUAAAAUCCUAUUUUCUUGAUAAUAAAAUCAAGAAACCAUUAAACUCAAUUAAAGAUUCAAUCUUUUUUACUUUUAAUGGCAACCCCAUUAAGGAUUCUAUGUAUUUUACUUUUAAUGGUAAACCUGUUAAAGAUUCAACACUAUUAUGUAAUUCUGGGAUUAGCCCGUUUUCGACGUUGAUCCUCCGUUUUCGCCUACGUGGUGGGGGUGGUGAUGGUGGCGCAACGGGGGCUGAGUCCCGAGACUGUUAUCUUAAAAUGUAUGCUGAGAAAAAACCGGAUAAAGCUGACCCGAAUGAGGUUAGGUUGUCGAGAUGGUUGAAUUGUGCUUUAUCGAACGAGCCUUUAAGGCGUCCGGUUGUUGUUGAUAAACUUGGGAAUUUGUUUAAUAAGGAGGCUUUAGUUGAGGCUUUAUUGAAGAAAAGGUUGCCUAAGCAGUUUGGGUAUAUAAAGGGAUUGAAAGAUAUGAUUCCGGUUGAGUUGUCUGUGAUUCCCGGGAAAGAGGAUAGAGGUCUUGGUGAUGGUGAAGUGACCGGGUUUCAAUGCCCAGUAUCGGGGUUGGAGUUUAAUGGGAAGUAUAAGUUUUUUGCUUUGAAGGGUUGUGGGCAUGUUUUGAGUGCGAGAGCAUUGAAGGAAGUGAAAUCCUCGGGUUGUUUGGUUUGCCACAAAGAGAUUGUAGAGAGUGAUAAGAUUGUGAUUAACGGGAGUGAAGAAGAGGUUGCGGCUUUGAGGGAGAGAAUGGAGGAAGAAAGGGUGAAAUUGAAGGAUAAUAAGAAGGUGAAGAAGGGGAGGAACGGGGAUGGAGUGGCUGUGAAUGGUGAAGAGGUUAUGGGUGUCCCACGCUUGAGCGGGAUGAAACAUGGGAUUGAGGAUAAGCCAGUAGUAGGCAAGGAUGCGAGGAAAGUCGAAGGGAAUGGUAAAGUUGGCAUUAACAGUAAGAUUGAAGUUAAGGAUGUGAAGAAUAGUGCGAGUAACGGGUCUGUGAAGCGGUUUAAGGCUGUUGAUGUAGCUCCAGCUCAUGCUACAAAGGAGAUCUAUGCCUCUAUUUUCACUUCUUCAAGAAAGUCCGACUUCAAGGAGACUUAUUCUUGCAGAUCUUUGCCCCUCGGAAGAAACUGAUCAGCUCCUUUUUUUGAGGUGGUCUACGAGUAUCUUGGUCUGAUUUUAUUGCCUUAGAAUGUAUUUCUUUCCUUUGAAAAAAAAAUGUUGUUUCGUGAAAUGUAGUUACAUGGUGGAUCGCUUAGUGGUAGAUGCUGCCUCCUGCCAUUUGGUUCAGUCGGUACUUUACUGGUGUAACAUACCAUUUGUGAUUGUAAAUUUGAUAUUGUUUUUGUGUUCUGGUUAAACCAUGACAGUGACCUUUGCUCACUUGCUCUUUUAUCUAUUUUUAUUUUGGGUG